AUGGAGACGGAGCUGGCGGCAGCCUGCACCCUGCUGGCAGCGGAGUUCCCAGACACGCCCCGCAGCGUGCUGGAGUCGGCCUUGCGAGAGGUGGACCUAGACAUCCCAGCAGCGCGUCGCAAGCUGUUGGAGCUGCAGGCAGAAAGGCGCGGGCAGGGGGACUCCUUCCGGGCAACGUCGGGCAUGCGGGAUCUGGGGCUGGAGUCGUUUGGGGCGCAGCUGUCGCUGCUGGGCAAGCAGAUGGCCAGCAGCCUCAAUGCCAUCCUGCCCGCCGACCUCAACCCCUUUGCUUUUGAUGAGGACGACUACGAUGAGGAGGAGCUGGCUGCUGCCGCCGCCGCCAAGGCGAAGCAGGAUGAGCGGGAGAAGGCGAGCACAGCGGUGGCCGCCACCGCCCGCAAGCUGAACAACCGGCGGGGCGGGCCGCGGUCCCCCGGCGGGCAGUUUGGGCCCGAUGAGGAGGAGGAGGAGGAGGAGGACACCGAUAAGCUCAACUGA